AUGUUGAAAGUUGAGUAUCCGUGUCGUGAGAUUUUCUCAUCAUAUCAAAAUCCAAUCAAAUCAACAAUUACAUGGGCUGAAGCAAAAAAACAUUUACAUGAAGUUCGUCUUCGACGUCAAAAUCAGUUAGCAUCAAAUAUAAAUGAAUGCCAUAAACUGCAUACUCUUCAUAAACAAUUAUUUAAUCGUCAAUUUGAUUCAAAUUCUAUUGAAAAAACUCCCGACGUUAAACUAAUAAAAGCAAUAAACAGUGAAUAUUCUUUACAAACAAUUAAACAUUCAAUACCUCGAAUCGAAUAUGCUUCGACUAUCUAUCGAAAAGCUGAUCCAAUAUUUGAAAUUGAAUCAUCAUCGAAAUUAGAUAAUAGUAUACCUAUAGUAAAAGAAUUAACACAAUAUUUAUCUGAAAGUUCAUAUACAAUAUCAAAUGAAAACAAAGAAAAUAAUCAAUCAUUAUCGUCAAUAAAAAAAGAUCAACAAAGACGUUUAAGUGUUUCAUCUGUUUCAUCUACUGAUAAACGUGCAAAUAAAGUCUAUGAAAAAUGGCCAGAUUAUAAUCAAAUUAGUGAAAUAGUUGGUUAUCGUAUUGAACCAAAACAAUCAAAAAUCAUUACAUCCGAUGCUAUAUCAUCUCGUCCUUCACUUACUCGUAAUCAACGAAAACGAAAUACAGCAAUAAGAUUUCCUACAACUUCAAAACAAAUAAAAAAUGUAAUGAGUUUAAAUCCUUCACCAACACGACAAAAACUGUCAAAAAUAAAACAAGCAACUCAAACUGAUGUUACACCAAUAAUUAUCGAUCAACCAGCUCUACCAAUCGAACACGUUCCUUCAACUAAUCUAAUUAAAGAAAUUAAACCAAAACUACCAACUAUUCUUUGUCCAUCAUCAGUUGCAUAUUCAAAUCGAGUACAAACUCGUCAAUGGUUAAUAAAAAAUAAUUUUUCAUCCAAUUCAAUGCGAACACUUCCUCUCAUGUAA